AUGCCGAUGAUCUGGUCUCCAGAAGCAAACGUCAAGCUCCUCGUCGGAAUGCUGGCCCAACUCAAAGACCAGUCCGUCAAGCUCGACUACAAGAAGCUUGCCGAGCACAUGGGACCCGAAUGCACUACCAGGUCUAUUACCAACCAGUUUACAAAGUUGAAGAAACAGGCUGCGGAAGCGGCGGAGGGUAUGGCCAGGGCGGACGAUGCGGAUGGCCAGGCUCAGAGCGAGGCUAGGGCUGGGGCUCCGGUUAGGGCCGGGAGGAAGAGGAAGAGGGGGAGUGUGUCUGGGAAGGGGGCGACUGCGAGAAAGAAGAAGAAGGUUCAGGCUAAAUUCAAUAAGGAAGAUGAGGAGAUAGCGGAUGAGGAGGAGGAUUGAACCCGAGGCUGUCGGGCAACGGACAGCGCAUGGGGAGAGCAAUAUUUGGCAGACGUUGAGAUUGUUGUCACUUGGCAAAUUACUGGACACGCGAACUGCGCUUUGGCUUCCUGGGGCCCAGCUAUGUUUUGUGAUUAUUCUCGGAAAGUGGACGGACACCUUAUGAUUCCUCAACUAGCAGAG